AUGGACUUCACUUUCGGUGGGAAGUAUAGAGUAGAGGACACGAUUGGCACCGGCGGCUGUGGCACUGUCUUUCAGGGUGUCCACAUCGUCGCAGGCAAGGAAGUGGCCAUCAAGCUUGAACCGGCCGUAACGCGAUCUAGCCCUCUACAGCAGGAAUCCAAGAUUUACAAGACUCUCGGGGGCGCACCUGGGGUUCCAUGGAUGAUGUGGUCGGGGCGCAAGGGCGACUUUAAUGUCAUGGUCAUUGAUCUCCUAGGUCCCUCUCUCGAAGAUCUGUUCCGCAUGUGCAAUAGACAUUUCUCUCUCAAGACCAUCCUCCUUCUUGCUGACCAAUUAAUCACUCGUAUCGACUACAUUCAUUCGCGGGAUCUUGUUCACCGGGACAUCAAGCCCGCCAAUUUUGUGAUUCCCAAGGCCGAUAAAAACGCUCACCAUCUGAUAAAUAUCAUCGACUUUGGAUUGGCGAAGAAGUUCCGCGAUCCUCGCACGAGCAUGCAUAUCCCUUACAAGCAGGACGAUCAUCAUGGAGUGGGGACAAGUCUGUUCGCGGCCAUCAACACCCACCUUGGCAUUGAAUGUUCACGGCGCGACGACCUCGAAUCGCUCGCAUACAUGCUAAUUUACUUCAUGCGCGGCACGCUGCCAUGGCGGAAGGUCAAGGGCAAGACGUCGUCCGAGACAUGGGACCUAAUUCGCGACAAGAAGCUCGAGACGGAGCAGUUCAUCGCAGUCGGGCUGCCACCCGAGUUCGACAUCUUCUAUAAGUAUACGCGAGGGCUCGAAUUCGAGGACUUGCCCGACUACGACGGCCUGCGCGCUCUGUUCCGCGGGCUCGCGGAGAAGCACGAGAUCGAGUACGACUGGGUGUUUGACUGGAGCGUGCCGAAGCCACAUGAGCGCAAGCGCAGGCGUGCAUGUCGCACGUGUCACGCGUGUUCCGUCGCUGCUGAGGCGAAGGCGAAAGCGGGCGCGCGGCGCUCUUAG